AUGCCGAAAUAUAAGUCUACCUUCUCUCCAACAUCCGUUCUCUUACUGACCCUCAACUACUCUUCUGUAGGCGAUUAUUGCGAUGUCUACCUCACUCACGACAGUAUGAGCGUGAGAAAGGCCCACAACAGCGGUCGUAACCAUUUAAGAAACGUAGUCGACUACUACCAACAAAUCGGUCAUGAAAAGGCUCAAUCAGUCAUCGAUAGCAUCACUUCCUCAUACGCCGCCGAAGGACAAGCAAGCGCGAACCCUAUGUUACCCGGUGGAACCCAUGCUGGUGUAGCAGCCAUGCCCUUUGGUUUCCCUCCUGGCAUGCCCCCACCACCUGGCGGUAUGCCAUUCCCUCCACCUGCCGCAGGUCGCGGUAUGACGCCAUUCCCAUUCCCUCCCAAUGGGAUGCCUCCUUUCCCUCCUAAUGGCAUGCCCUUCCCUCCGACACCGGGCGCAGCUGGCUCACCACCUGCUGGCAUGCCUUUCCCUCCUCCCGGCGGUAUGCCUUUCCCUCCACCAGCUGGUAUGCCGUUCCCACCUAUGGGUGGUCCUAGCCCUGGUCCUGGCGCUGGUGGCCCUCCACCUGGAAUGCCCAUGUCGCACGACCCAAGACGCCAAUAG